AUGCUUUACGGCUUGGAUACAAAUUUCACCUCUUGGGGACCUUUCAUCAACCACGAGACCUAUGUUAUACAACCCCUCACUGACAGCGACUUCAUCACUGCAAUCGUCGCAUUCGUCAUCGUCAUUCUUUUCGCAUUGUCGGCAGCUUACACUGGCUAUAAGCAGACCAGAAAGGCUCGAUCGCCGUGGAAAAGUGUAUAUCUUUGGAUGGUUUGGCUGGAGAUUGCUUCGUCUCUUGUUAUUGCAAUUGAGUGCCUCUUGUUCUUGGUCAGGGCAGUCAGGCCUAGUUUCUACUUCUUCAUGUCUAUCCUCGUCCUUUGGGUCAUUCAGACACAAUGUUUGCUUCAGAUUAUCGUCAACCGGAUUCGAAUUAUUCUCCACGAUCGCAAGAGAGGACAGCAACUCAUGAUCGGGACGUUUGUCGCCAUGUCUAUCAUCAACAUCAGUGUGUUCUGUAUCUGGAUACCUGCGCGUAUGCAGAUCAGUCCUCACUGGGUCCAUAUCAACGACAUUUAUGACCGCUUAGAAAAGGUUCUCUACCUCUUCAUUGACGCCUUCCUCAACGUGUAUUUUAUACGUACAGUGAAGCAGAAUUUAGUCAGCAAUGGGCUGCAAAAGUACAACCGGUUAGUGCGCUUCAAUUCUGUCAUGAUUGUCAUCUCGCUUUUGAUGGAUCUUGUCAUCCUUGGGACUAUGAGCUUGCCCAACGGAUUUGUGUAUGCCAUAUUCCACCCUCUGGCAUAUCUCGUGAAGCUCAACAUCGAGAUGUCGAUGGCGCGCUUGAUCAAGAAGAUCGCACUCGGCUCGAAUGCUCCCCACAACCCUGACGGCUUCCGAUCCUUCAACUCUUCAUCAAAGACAGGCACGACGCCAGCAGACAAAGGCAGCUUCAAAUCCUGGGUCGCAAAUCAACAGGCGUCGAUCAAAGGACUUUUUCGAGAAGAGAAUAUCCCGGCUUCACGAUUCGGCGGCAUUCUCAAGACGGAAGAGUUCACAGUACGCAGUGCGCCAGGGCUGGGCGUAGAGCUUGAGUCGCGCAAGGGCUCAGGGAACAAGGAUGUAAAUGUUGCUGUGAGCUGCGUUGUGGCGUCCGAUCGCCAUGUUCGCGCAGAAAGAAAUGCCAAAGAGGAGAAAGGGACGCGACUGAAGAUGAGCGAUGAAGAGACUUUGAUUGAACCGCAGCGGGAACGUCUGGCGCAUCGGAAGUCGACGGAGAGCUCAGCACCGCCAUCUGAAGCAUCUGACAUUCGAUAA